AAAAUAUAAAUAUAGAUUUUUUCACUAGUGAACUUAUUGAAAUUAUUUACAAGAAUGGAAAGAAUCUUUUAUUAUUGUACUAUUGUAUUUAUUAUUGUAAUUGCGUACUACUACUAUUAGAGGAACGCAAUAAGAUGGAUUGUUAAUCGUUUUAUAUUCGUUCAGACCAGCAAGUAUCUUUAGUUACCGUAAUUUCUCUUAAUAUUAUCACCCUUUACCUUUAUCACCCUACUUGUUUCUCUACAUUCACACGCGUGUACUUAUGUAUUAACAAGAAUAUAUACUGUCGAUCGAUAUAGUUUUGAAUAAAUUUUCUGUUUUAAUAAGAAAAAGCAUUAUUUUCAUUUUGUCUCGAGUAUUACCGAUAUCGUUAAAUUAUCUGUUUCAAUUUUCGAAUCGAUCUCGAGCAUAUUAUACAGGGUGGUUGGUAACUGAUGGUACAAGCGGAAAGGGGAUGAUUCUACGCGAAAAAAUAAGUCGAAAAUAUAGAAUAAAAAUUGUUCGUUCGAGGCUUUGUUUUCGAGAAAAUCCACUUUGAAUUUUCGCUCGGUACGCGUGCACUUUAUCGCGUCUCGUUAUGACGGAUCUCACUGUAGAUCGUUGUCUCGAUGGAAAAAUUUAAAAAUAAAAAUUGUUAUUCUAUAUUUUCGACUUCUUUUUUCGCAUAGAAUCACCCCCUUUCCGCUUGUACCACCACCAGUUACCAACCACCCUGUAUAUUGCGAUAAACAAUUGUUCGAAUAGAGAAUAUUCUUUCCACUAAUAAUAUCGCUAUAAAUAUUUAAUAUUUUACAAUUUUUAUAUUUAUUACAGAGAAAAAGAUUCACUCCUGGUGAAACUUAGCCGUUGAAGUUAGCUUAUCGAUCAUAAACGAAUAAUCUCUGUAUCUGCCUUUCUUUCUACGAUGUUUGUUAUCUUACAGUUAAACACGUACAUAGCAAUGCAAUGUUCCAACAUGACAAAGCUAUACUUCUUACUACCAAUUUACAGUUGGCGUAAUUCUAUGAUUUCCGGCGUUGAUACACUUAGAUACACUUAGAUACACACUUAUAUAACAGAGCUCGCAUGAGAAAUGUUUCCUCUUUAUUGUUAACUCUCGAGGGUGUUACACACGGCACGAUCUAUCGCGAAAUCCUUGUAUUUUACGAUAGAUUUGACAUUCGCAUCAAAAUUUCCGACGACCUGUCAUCGACAACCGCAUUGUUUCAUCCAUCCUAAGUGCGUAUUGUUAGCAACAAUAUCGUCCGAUUCUGGUUUAGUUUCAGUACCGAGUGCUGUACAACAGAGAAGGAAUCGUUAUUUUUGGAGAAAUUAUGAGAAGCUAUUUCCGAAAAAAUUAAAAGCUACGGUAUCUUCGUCAUUUUUAAUUUACGGAAUAGAUUUAUGGAUAAAUGAUAUUGCUUUUUUUCGAAAGAACCUCUUGGAGGUUCUUACAGGUUCGGAUAAGAAAGUUGUAAAAGAUGAUGUUUGUUAUUUCCUUCGCAACUCCUACCGAUCGCGAUUUCUUUGCAAUUUAUUACGCGUGUCAUUUGGUAAAUUAAUCCUUUAACUUCUCGAGGGAACUUGUCAGGUCGUUCGAUCCAAUUUCAAAAAAGUCAUUUUUGUUUCAAAGUGUGUCCGAGUAUGUCCUUUGUAUACUAUUGACUUUGAAUAAAAACAAAUUUAAAAUAUAAAAAUUCUAAAAAAGAACUAAUAAAGUACCUAAUAACGAAAUACCUCAAACUAAAGAUUUUUUCUUUUUUACCAUUCAAUUCCAAUAAAAAUGAAGUAAAAAUUUCUUUCUAAAGUCUACAAAUCUACGAAUCUAAAGACAUUCUUUUCUAAAGAUGUUAAUACGACCGAUUGUAUGUACAAGGAACAUGGUAAGAAGCGUCCGGUAGAAAUUUGCUUUAGAUCGCGCUACAAAUACUUUCCAUUCUAUUUUUAUUAUCUCGUGUCAAAGGUAAAAUUGUUGUUUGUCGAGAGUAACAUAAAAAAAUGUGUUCAUAGUGAUAUUUGAUCGUCUCGUGUGCAAAAGGACCGUUAAAACAACCUACUGUUCACGAGGUACCGCGAAAUUAAUCGUCGAUCAAAUAAAUAACGUUCAAUAAAUCUAAUUAUAUAUCAUAAGAUUUAUAUAUAAGUUCUCCGAUCUAUUCGUUGUAUCUGUAAUAAUUUGAUAAAUGUAUGUUUUAGAGAAAUUGUUUGUCGUAAGUACAGGUAAGCAAAUUUCGGAACAAUUACUUGUGACAACCUAUGAACGGUCGGAAAGGAUCGAUUCAGCAGAUAUUGAAAUCGACCGACGGAUUCCUAAUUGACAGUUUCACGUGAUACUGCACUGUUUCAACUUCAACGACGAUUUCAACGUUUACUCGCUGCUCUUACAAAAUGGAAGUAAAUCCUUUGAAAAUCGAUGAAGCCAUCAUCGAGAAAGCCCUUCGAAACAAGUUAUCGGAUGAAACUGUUAGAGUUUUGGAGAUCCAGCUAAACUGUAUGUCAGAAAAAGGAUUAAACUUUCUUAGUGAUCUGUAUAAAGCGCACAUCAGAUAUACAGCUUCUUCGAUCAAAAAGAAAGAGGAAACGAAGUCGGAAAGAUCGAUCAGUUUGGUUAUUAAAGCCGAACCUCUGAGGGAACUGUCGCGCGACAUCGUUCGUCAACAAAAUCUGUUUCUGAUCGAAUUGAAAGUUCUGCGUGACGUUCUACCCAAGAUGAAGGAAUUUGUUUAUCAUCAACUCGGUCCAAAUUUAUUAUGCGAUUUCGACGAUCCUCGCAUUCUUGUUAUGGAAAACUUGAUAAACAGAGGAUUCAUUAUGAAGGAUCGUCAGAAAGGAUUGUCGUUCGAACACUGCCGUUUAGUCAUACAACAACUCGCGAGAUUACACGCUGGAUCUGUCGCAGUUUUCGAAAAGGAUCCACAGAUAAUUGAAUCUUUUAUAGAUACUGGCAUUGUGUCGACCAAAUGUCCGAAAGCUUUUAUACGAAUGAUGGAAGUAAGCCUUCUACGAAUAGCUAACGAAAUACAAAGAUGGUCGAGCGAAAAAUACACGAGUGCGGCGAAUAAGCUGAUCAAAUUGUCACCAACUAUCGGAACGCGUUGUAUCGAUGUGUAUAAUUACGACGUGGAUGAAUUCUGCGUACUAAAUCACGGAGAUUGUUGGAUAAAUAAUCUAAUGUUUCGAGAAAACGAGAAAGGCCAGCCUAUUGAAGUCUUAUUGGUCGAUUAUCAGAUGGCUGUUUACACGUCUCCAGUUAUCGAUCUGUUGUACUUUUUGAACAUUUGUCCAGAAUUUCACGUAAAGUACGACAACGACGAUGAUUUUCUGGAACUUUAUCUGCAUACUUUGCAAGAGACUAUGAAAAAUAUCGAUUGCAAGAGAAAACCGCCCACGAUGGAACAGUUAAAAGAAGCGAUACAUAAAAGAAGGAUAUACGCUGUUUUCUCUGGAGUCGUGCUUUAUUUACGAAUGAUGGGAAGUAAAGAGGAUACCGAAGAUUUCGAGGAAUUAUUGACCAAGUUGUUAGGCGAAACUAAAAUGGACGUUUUCAGAAACCCAGACGCGGUGAAACUAGCGCAUAAAAUGAUCCCAAUUAUGAACGAAAGAGGUUACUUCGAUUAAAACAAUUCGUUUUAGCUAUUAAGAUAAAGGAAGAUUAUUUAUUCUCGAUCGUAUUCGGCAUUAUUUUGUAACGUUAUUAUGCCUAUAUAUAUAUAUAUAUAUAUUGCCAUCGUAUCUUGUAAAACGUGGCUACAAAUACGGUGUCUCGCGAAAGUAUUCGACUAUUUAUCGCGCAACCUUUUAUACGAAUAUAAUAUCACGUGCAUUAUAGAAAAAAUUUUGAAAUUCUGUCCGCACUGAGACACGUGUCUCGCGUUUGUUGCGAACAUACGCUUUGCGAAAAAUUAAUAUACAGCGUGGAUAGAAAUCCGAAACGUACAUUGAACGACGUACAGAUACUCUCGCUACGUAUUGUAGCUUAUUAAGAUAGCGAAUAACAGACUGUUCGAGUACCUGCUUUGCUAUCGUAUUUGAUAUCUCGUAACUUCUAUUUACGUUUACAGAUUCGUCUCGAGCUUUGCCAAUAUGCGUAAUCGCGAUAGUCUCGGGUAGUUACAGUGCCAGCGAGAUUUCAAAAUGUUUCGUAUAAUAGAGAAAUGAAAGACAGGGAAUAAUUUCUAGGAGAGUUGGAGUAUCCUUGCCAGCUACUGCCUUACAUAAGAAUAAAACAUGCUAUAAAAUUCCGACAUUCUUACUAAAUUAAUACUUUUUUCGUUCCUUCGAUCCUGGGAUAUAUCUUCUCUACUAAAAGUAAAGCGAGGAACUUUCGAUAUAUAACGCUGCUCGAAGUCGAGUUUAUCGAGUUUAUCAUAAACGUUGCGAUAUAUGGAAGAAUUGUAAUCUCCAGGAGAAUAUCAUUGUAUUUGAGAUUUGUAUCAGAACAAUUAAAUAUACGAUAUUAAAACAUA